GUUGCCCGCCGGUGUGCCGCUGCCGCUGCUGCUGUUAGGUUAUGCCUUUCUCGAUGCUUUAGCACGUUCUCGUUCCCGCAAGGAUGCCUUCGUCGCCCAAGCGCAGGAAGGAACGCGAGCGGCCGAGACGCCGUAAGCGUUCAAGGGACCGCAGUGAAAGAGAUCGAUCCGUGGGACGUGACCGGAAACGUUCAUCCGAGCGGGAAAGAGACCGAGAUCGAGGGAGGCGGAAGUCAAGAUCCAGAUCAAGAUCGCGUUCGAGAUCGAGAUCUUUCGAUCGAGAACGCAAUCUAGACAAGCAGAUGCCAUCGUCGUCGCGGCAAGCCGCUCAGAUGAAGCCCAUGGUAUCGGAAUCUGAACUGGAAGGCAAAACUCCCGAAGAGCAGGAAAUGCUCAAGACCAUGGGCUUCUGCGGGUUCGAUACGACCAAAGGCAAAAAGGUGGAAGGUAACGAUGUCGGCGAGGUUCAUGUCAUACUAAAGCGCAAGUACCGCCAGUACAUGAACCGCAAGGGAGGCUUCAAUCGGCCGCUAGAUUUUGUUGCAUAACGGCUCCACAUGGAGAGAAUGUGCGAGACAACAGUUUCAGUUUCAACUGCGUGCAUAAUCACCGAUAUAUACACCAACUCCGAUGGUGUACCAUUUGUUGGUAUUUUGCAGCCAUCGUUCUCAGGUGAACGAUUUCGGGACGAUUCCGUUUCUUGCAACACAUUAUUUUUAACUUGCCAUCUAGUUCACGGCAAAAUCCACACAUGGAAUACCUCCAUCGUACAGGUCGAACUAACUUCAUUUCACACUAUAGUUAACAUUCUUGCAUCAUUUCUUAUAUCUUAUGUUUAAAGACCAUGUUGGUAUAUUUAAAUGUUUUCCCUCUCACCUACAACAGCCUUGCGUGCCUGCGACCGAUCGCAACGGUUUUUGGGUACGUGCACACCUCCAUAACCGAACAAUAGUCAAACAACUAAUCACCUCACCAAACACAUACACACAAACAACUGUAACGGGUUCCAUAUUACAACAAUAGUUAAUUUUCAUAUACACCAUAUACAAAAAUUACCAUACAAUGCAAUAGCCAAAACGCUACAUCAUAUCAUCGUGGGGAGAGAAAGUGUGAGCUCGUCUCCAGCCGGUUGCAGACGAUCGAUGGUGGAGAUGCGCUACGGUAACUUGAGGCUUGCACUCUUUGCAGGUUACGAUCCUUCCUGUAUGCUGUUGAUAUUGACUUUAUCAUCGUGCCUUUUCCCCUUUCGGAAAGACGGUUUAGAGUUUUAAGGGUUUCUAUGGGAUGUAACGAAGCCAACUGUCCGUGUUCAAAGAGUGUCGUGAUGGAUUCGAAAGAAUCGUUAUUUGAAUUUGUUUCUAUCGAUAGUAUUUCUAUUGAUUCUAUGGAUAUUUCUUCACGACACCAAGUUUCUGUAGCACAUCAAAGGCCACACUGUAAACCUCCAGCGAAUGACGCUUUACCGGUCUCGAAGGAGCCGUGCAAUUACUCUCCCCGUAUGUGAUCACGAUGUAGCGUCCUUAAUAUACCUCACAAAUAAACAAAACACUCACACUACCAUGAAUUCAUACAAAACAAUAGCUACAAAUGCCAGCAAAUUUAAAUAUACCUCAUAAUUAUAGCAUAUAAGCAUUACACAGAUAUACUGUGCUCCAUCAACUCUUGAACGAGUUUGUUCUCGUUUUUUUUGUUUUUUCACCUCUGUAAUGUCAUUUAAGAACUAUA